GUUUGAAAGAGUGUUUCAUUUUGCGUACAAAUUGCCAGUGAAGAAAUGGCAAUUAAGAAGUGAAAGAGAUAAACAAAUGGUUCAACAAAGGACAUUAGACAUACAAAAAGGAAUUUAGAUCCCAAAUGGAUCUUACAGCUGACGUUCCAAAAGCUGGUUUCGGAAACGGCCAUGCUGGGAAUACCAGUUGGGGAUUUUUUACGGACCAUGAGCUAUCAGCAACAAUAAUCGGUAUAGAUACCCGUCUCCUUUUUCGUCUUAAAGUAAUUUUAGAAGCGAUAUCAAGCGGCCAUAGAAUAGACAAACCGAAAUUUGAAAUAUUUUGUUUGGACACGGCACAACUGUACGUUGAAUUAUAUUUGUGGCAUCCACUGACACCAACUCUUCACAAAAAACUGCUCCAUCGACCCGUUGUCAAUGAAAAAACUUUAUUGUCUAUAGGAAUGAUGUCAGAAGAGACUGCAGAGGCUCGCAAUAAACACAUUCGGUUAUACCGCCAAAAUUAUGCUUGGAAGUUCAGCAGGGAGUCUUGCAAUCUUGAUAUCAUAAAUAGAUUAUUAUUGAGCUCAGAUCCCCUGAUAACUGGCAUGAGAUCUACUCGCAGAAAAAUUACAAAACCAUUUCUCGAGGAAACUGUUGAAAUGCUCCUGUCUGAAGAACCGAUGGGCCAGUCUAAUUUGUCUGGUGAUAAUGAUGAUGAUGAUGAAGACUCAGCACCAGAGGUCUCCGCAAUUCCGAUUGACCCUCAAUCUCAGACUUACGUGCAGCUACUUCAGGAAAGCGAAAAUGUUCAGAAUCAAAUGAAGGAGUCCACAUCUACAGUACUGCAGAACAUUGCUUCCUACGACACGUACAUAAAAAACAUGUCUGACUCAAUACUGGCCGAGCAGCUUCAAUCAAUACAUGAAAAAAUCUCAGGGAUGAAAGCAAAUCUGGGCAAACGGAUCCAAAAAAGAAGCGCUGGAAGCUCUGAAAACACCAAAGACUUUUUAACAAAGUGCGUGAUCAACGAAGACGUCUUGGAUCGACUAGCCGAUGAAGUCAACGAACAGAUAAAGACGUGCUCCACUGUCGCCAUGGCGGAAAUGUCAAAUGUCAUAAGUUCGAGCAUGGCGGAUGCGCAGGCGUUCAUGACCUUGCCGAAUGUCAUAGGCAGUGACGUACAGCGGUGUGGGUUGAACAAGGAGUGCAGAUGGGAUAUCGUACAACACAGCAUUUUGGAAGCACUACAGGUUCCACCAAAGAUAUACUCACUCACAGCCAAGAUACAGUCACUGGUACUGAAGACAGUGAUCUCAAUAGACUCCUGUGGUUUGAAAGGACUACGAAAUAUCGGAGAAGUCGGGGUGCAACUCAUGCAGGAUGUUUACAAUUGUAUCAUGGAUGAAGUAGAAAUGGCAAACUAGAUCCGACUAAGGAAUGGCAUUUGUAACGUCCAUGAAAAAUAAACUCAAAAUGAACAAAAUUUUACAUUUAGGCACUAUUUAUUGAAUGUUCACGCCAUAUUGUGAUGAAGUCGUGGUUUACGACUGAUUACCGCACCCAGUAUUACCUUUUGUUAUUACUUUUAUAGAGAAAUUUCAAUAAAUAUCUAUAAUAUUGUAAUUACUUAUUUGCUAUAUUUAUGUAAUACUGGAUCCCUUGCCGUCGCAAGUACAAGUGAUACACGGUUUCACAAACAGGCCGCUUUGUCGAGGAUCUAAAAUUGUUGAGCGGUAAAGCUGGGUAGUAUUUGAACUUAUCAACUACUGGAUAUCUUCCUGUAACUAUUUGCACGAUCCUGUGGAAAUACAAGCAAACACGUCAAUAACAUGUAUAUAUUUACAUUGUAUGUGUGGAAGGUGCGGUAUUGCCCAAUCGAGUGUUAAAUCUGACUAGAUAAAGAUUAUAUAGCUGUGCAAAAUCAGCACUGGGUAAAUAUGUUUGGAAAACAGGAGCGAGAGUAGAAUGUAGCUAGCUUUUAUACUGGGUAAAGAUAAUAACAUUGGGAUAGGUACGAAGAGUUGAAUCGUUCGUAAUAAAGUAUUUACUAGCUCACAUCACUGGUCUUCAUCGAAAAAAGGUCACAGAUCAGCUACGUAUUUCAUGCAGUUCAAAAAGUUCUAAAUUCAACUUUUACGGAUAUACAGAAUGAUUUACCAUAUCUCAGGCACUGUUACAACACUGAAUUUAUUAUUAUUUAGAAAAAAUCAAACAUGACAUAAACAAAAG